AUGUCGUGCUUCACGCAGCUGUGGCACUCCAACACGCCAGACUCUCCCACCAGCCCAGUCCCUGCCUCUCCAAGUGAAAUCCCCAUCCCCAUCAGCCCCAUUGUUGUCACCUCCCCAGGAGAUGGCAAGAGGAAGGCGAGGUCCCCAACCGACAAGCCAGGCUCUCCAAACCCGACGUCUCCGAAGCCAGCCUCCCCUGUGGAGUGUUCCAUUUGCUUCAACACCUAUGACAACACCUUCAAGACGCCCAAGCUGCUCCAGUGCUCCCACGUUUUCUGCCUGGAGUGUGUGGCCCGCCUGAGCACAGGGCUGCCCCCAAACCAACCGGGGGACCAGCUCCCCUGCCCCUUCUGCAGGCAGCUGACCAGCAUCCCUCUGGAAGGUGCCCCAGCACUCGAGACCAGCAAGGAGCUCCUGGCCACGCUGCCUCCUGAACUCCAGCAGGAGAAGGUGCUCUGGAUGGAAGGGACCAAGCUGUGCUGCCGUCAGUCAUCUGAUGACCCUGAGAAUCCAGACUCGUGUAUCUCCAUUGAUGUCGCCAUGAGCAAGCCGGAAAGUCCGGAGGCCCCCCCGGCAGGGUUAGCUGGGAGGCUCUCCCGCUGUGACAUGUGCGAUGACUGGAAACGCAUACUGCUCCUCUCUGCGUUGAUCAUCAUCCUCUUCUGCAUCAUUCUGUGGCCGGUCCAGUGCGCCCUGAAGACGGGGAACCUCCGCUGCUUCACAAGGACUGUUGCGAUGAGCAGGCCGGACUACCUUCCCUCUAAACACACCACAGCGGCAGCACCUGUGACACAACUCCCUUUCCAGUAG